AUGAAAAAGUUAAUAUAUUAGUGUAGAAGCUUUCAUUAUUUGCUAAAUUUUGAUGAAAACUCUAUAAGUUAGCAAAUUUAAGGAUUAACCUAUUUCUUAUAUUUGACACAGCUUUUCAAUAUAAGUGGAGAAUUCAAACCAUAAUCUGAUAUUAUGUAUGAAAUAACUUAAUAAUAGCACAAUAUAUUCUCUGAUAAGAGGAACAUUCAUUUUUAACAUAAUUGAUGAGAAUUACUCCACAUUAAUUCAGAUUCUCUUUUUAAUUUUAAAUAUAAUCCUCAUAAUCAGUUUAUGUGCAAACCUUAUACUAAAUUACAUUAAAAAUUAAAAGGAAUGGAAACUACUCAUUAUUAUCAUCAAUUUGGUUAUUAAUGUGUAUCCUAAUAUAUUUUAUAUACCAAUCAUCUGGUUAAAUAUAAAAUUAUGCUUUACAUAAUCCCUAAUGCAUUUUACAAUAGCAUUAAUAAACUUAUCAAUAGCUAUCUUUUUAACAUUUCUUGUUAUCUUUUUUUAGAGAGGAGACUCUCUUCAUUAAUAUGAAAAUGCUAGCAAUAAUAUAAUUUUGAUAAGAAUUUUAGUAAAGCUUUUUGAGUUUAUUACUAUUUAUUUUUCAUUCUUAAAUCAUACAUUGACUUUUAUUUUUUAACUAAUGGUUUUGAUGUCUAAUAUAUCACUUAAUGCAUUUAAAUUUACUGAGUAAUCCGAUUUAAAAGUAAGAUAAAACUUAUUAUUUUUGGUUUUAAACAUUACUUUAUAAACAAACCUUACUUUUAUGGAUUACUUGAUAAUUUCAACAGUGGUUUAGUUAUUUUAUACAUAAUUAUUGAAUAUAAAAACUCAGGAAAUUCUUGUAAAAGGUGAUUCAAUAUUAUUGUGUUAAUUAGCUGAGAAAAUCUAUAAGAAUUGUUUAAUUGAUAAAUAAGCUAGGAUAUAGUUAUAAAUAUUUAAAAAUAAUCAUAAAUGUGUGAAAUGCAAGGCUUUUUAUGAUAUAAUAGAAUGUAUUUUAAAGAGAAAAGGAAGAAAUGAAAGAGAUAAAUUAAUAUAUGCUAAUUUUGUAUAAAAGAAAUGGCCAUUACGAGCAUUGGUUGAAUUACAUAAAGAGUAAAAUGAAGAUUUUUAUUAUUAAUCAGCAUUAUUAACAUUUUAAAAAUUAAAUAUUUCAAAGAUAGAGAUUGCUAAUUAUAUUUAUACUGCAUAUAAAUCUUAGAAUGUAUGUUAAUUAAUAAUUGAUCAACUUUAAAAAGUAAUGGAAAAUCUAUUAAAAUUUUGGAAUGAAACAGUUAUGAAUUAAUUUGAUUUGUUAUUAUUUUAUCAAUAAUCUAGAAGAAUAGGAUUAGAAAUUAAGUAAUUGAAUUUAUUAUUUGAAAAAAUAUAUAAUUUGAAUAAUCAUAAAAUAUGGGGUAGUUAAACAUUAGAUGUGAUUAGUUUAAGAUUGUAAUAGGUAUAUUAUUGUGUAGCAAAUGUUGAUCUAGUAAAAGUAUUUAAAUACUAAUAUAUUUUAGGCUUAAUAAAUGGAGGAGAAGAUUAAUGAAGUAUUUAGAUAUGAAAAGUAUCAAUAAUUCAUGACUAUUGAUAGCAAUUAAUUAGUAAUGAGUAUAAAUGUUAUUUACAUUAGACAGAUCACUACAAUUAAGAACUUCUUUAAUCUAUAAUGUAAACAAAUUGAUCAAACCAAAUUAUUAAUAGAUGAGUUAAUUUCUUGAAACUUCAACUGAAGAAACAUCAUUCAUUAAAUCAAGUUUAGAUUUAAUGCCUUCCUUUUUGGCCAAUAUCCAUGAUUAAUUGACUGAAGCCUUCAUUUAAAAAGGAUAAUCUCAUCUAUCUCAAUAAGGUUAAUCAACAUUUUGUCAAAAUCCUAAGGGAUAUAUAGUUCCUUGUUAUAUUCAUAUUUUACCAAUUUAAGGGGAUAAUGAUUAUUUCAUUAAUGCAAUAUUAACUAAAGAGUAAAAUUAUAAUGAAUCAAUAAUAUUUGGAAUGAAUGGGAGAUUAUAUGGAAUGACUUAGAGUUAUUUUGAAUUUACUCUAUAAAGUUUGAUUUUUGAUAAUUAUUCUAAAAGAAUUUCAAUUAAUGAGAUAAUAGAGAAGGGUGCUUUAAUUUAAUAUUAUAUAGAAAAUAUAAUUGAAUAGAUAUAUAAUUUAAAGUAAAAUAUUGAAAAGCAUCAAAAUUAUACUUUAAAUGAAUUGGUAUCAUAUUGGUAAUAUCCUGAAAAUCAUUUUAAUUGUGUAUUUAGUACUAAUUAAAUAAUGAGAUAAUAAUAUUCAUCUAAUCAUGUAUUAUCUUUUUCUAAUUUUAUCUCAUAAAAAACUUAUUUAUAAAUUUCAAAACCUAGUACAGUGUAGAUUUCAGAAUUUGAAGAAUCACUAUAAAAUAGCAAAGAACUCAAUUUUGAUGGAUGUGAAUGGUAGAUAUUGAAUAAUAAUUAUAAUAAUUCUAUUAGAUAAAUGUUGGAUUAAUUGGGUGAUAGUCAUAAAACAAAUAAAGGUAGAAUUUAAUUAAUAUAUUCAUUGUCUUUUAGAAAGAUAUAAAUUGGUAAAAAAAUGUUUGGAUAUUUUAUAUUAGAAAUUAAAGAUUGUAAAUAAGAUUAUACACAAAAAAAUACUUCUAAUUAUUUUACUUCUUAUUAAACUAGAAAAUCUGAAUCAAGUAAGAUUAAUAAAUCAUCAUAUGAUUUUCCAGUAGAAGAUGUUGAAAUAAUUAAUUCUGAGAGACCAUAAUCAAAUGAGGAAAUAGAGAAUUAGAUUAAACAUAUUAAAUUAAAGAAUCAUUUAUUAUAUUUAAAUAAAAUAGAACAUGAUAGAUAAAUAUUAUUUAAUAAUUACUUAUCAUCUGUUAGUGUGACAAAAUAAAAAAUGUAAUCUUAUGAUUUUGAAAAUACUUCUAGAUUAUUAAAAUUAUAAACUGAUAGAUAACCUAAAAAACAAUUAUUAACUACUAGAAUAGAAUUAUAAAGUAUUAAUAUUUAAUAAGAUGAUGAUGAUAUAAUUUAAGCAGUUGAAUAAGAAUUUUAAGAGAUUAUUUUUGAAAGAAAAGUAAUCAAUUAAUAAGAAUAAGAUGAAGAUAAUAAUGAUUAAAAAAAAAGAGAUAAAUAUAUUAAAGAAUCUAAUCUAAAAUUAAAAACUAAAGCUUAAUUUGAAUUAGCAAGUAAUCAAACAUUUAAAAAGAAAAUCAAUAUUCUUAAAGAUGCAUUUUUAUAUCUCGAUCAUAUUUCAUAAUCAAAAUUUACACUAUCUUGUUUAAAAAAAUUCACAUAUUUUUCUAUAUGUGUAAUCUUUUUGUUAAUUAUUAAUAUAGUGAUAGAAAGUUAUGAAGUUUAAGAUCACAUACAAGAUAAUGAUACUUUUAUAUAAAAUACUUUAACCUAAGUUGAAUUCCAUAAAUCACUUGCAAUCAAAUUAAAUUUACAUGCUAUAUUUAAAUUGUCUUAAUUAUCAAUAAUUAAUUAAAAUUAGUAAAUUAUUUAAAUGGCUUAAACCCAAGCCUAAUCAAUUUAUAAUCAAAAUAUAUAUAAUAAGGAAUAUUAAAUUUUGAAUCAUUAUAUUAAUGAUGAAAAUCUAGAUAUACAAUAAUUUCAUAUAAUUAUAGAAUAAUUUAAUAAUGAAAUGAGAUAAAUAUACUAUAAUUCUACAAUUUUUAAAUUUAAUUUUACAAAUCAUACACAUUAUAUGUUUACAUAUUUCUAUAGAACUAUUUUAUAAGAUUUGGAUAAUUACAAGGAUUAACAACCAGAUUUAAUUUAAACUUUGGUGUUUACAAUAUUAAGCUUUUCUUUUGUUAUAUAUUAAAUAAGAUUUUUAUAUGAAAAGUAAUAAGUUAUUAUUUAAAUUCUUAAAUUGAUAUAAUAAACAAACAUAUUAAAAAUAUAGAAUCAUAUAGCUAGACUAUCUAUAAUCAAGGAAUCAUUUAAAAUAGAUCAAAAUUAACAUUAUGAAACUAAUUCUAAGAAUUGGAAAUUAACUUCUUAUAUAUCUAUUGUUUAAGAAGAUCCUCAUUUAGAAAGAUAAUAAAAUAAAAAAAUCCAUGAAUUAGAAGGAAAUCUAAAUCAUCGUUACAUAUUUCCAAAUUGUAUUGUUGUUACUGUGUUAUGUUUAUUUAUUUUAACAGGAUCAGUACUAUAAUAAAACUAUUAUAAAGAUAGAUUUUUAGAUAUUGAGAAAUCAUUUAUAAAAUUAAAUCUGGUACUUGAUUCUGGAUUGCUUUAUGGAACUCUAAUUAAAACGAAUAGGAUUUUAGAUAUAUCAGAUUAAUUGGCUUAAUAGAUAAUCAUUCAUUUUUAUGAUUGUAUGAAUUUAUUGAUUGAGAUUUCUAAUGAUAUAAUUAUUAAUCUUGAAUAUUUGUAAGAAGAUUCAAUACUUAAUUUAUUAAUUUCUGAUUAUUGUUUAAACUAUAGAGAUGAUAUAAAAUAUUGCUAUGAUGAUCAAUAUCCAUAUAAAGAGAUGCAUUCAUUAAUUGAUAGAGGAAUGAUGAGUUUAAUUAAUAAUAUUGAAAAAGUAAAGAUUACAGAAUUUCUGUUUGAAUUUUCUAAUAAUUAAUUUGAGAAUAAUCCAGAUGAACUUCUGAAUUUUCUUAAAAGUCAAACAUUUAUAAAUACAUUUUUAGUGUAUUUUUCUGAAACAACAAAUAUUUUUAGUUAAUAAUUAAUUGAAAUAUAUAAUUUUGAAUACGAAUAUUAUAGCAAAUAUAUUUUAGUUAUAUUAUUUUAUGAAAUAGCUGUUGGUAUUAGGUAUUUAUUUAAUAUAUUAUUUAAUAGUGUUGGAUUAAUGUAUUUAUUAUAUGGAUAUUUGACACAAUUAUAUCAUAAAAUAGACUUUUAAUAUAUCAUCUUAUUUCUAAAGACAAUGCCAUAUGAAUAGAUUUAAUAAAAAAACUUUUUGCAUUAAAUGAAGAUCAUUAUGCAAGGAUAAUGA